AUGGUGCGCGUUAUCAUCAAGGGAGGUGUUUGGAGGAACACUGAGGAUGAAAUCCUCAAGGCGGCGAUUAUGAAAUAUGGCAAGAAUCAGUGGAGUCGAAUCGCCUCUUUGCUGCACAGAAAAUCGGCUAAACAGUGCAAAGCUCGAUGGUUCGAAUGGUUGGAUCCUUCAAUCAAAAAGACGGAAUGGAGUCGCGAAGAGGAUGAGAAACUUCUGCACUUGGCCAAGUUGAUGCCUACACAAUGGCGAACGAUUGCUCCGAUCGUUGGUCGUACAGCCACACAAUGUCUUGAACGUUAUGAACAACUUCUGGAUGACGCUCAACGAAAAGCCGAGGGACUCGACGAUGAGGCGGUUGAAGCACGGAAAUUGAAGCCGGGCGAGAUCGAUCCAACGCCAGAAACGAAGCCUGCCCGUCCCGAUCCGAUUGAUAUGGAUGAUGAUGAGCUUGAAAUGUUAUCUGAAGCACGCGCUCGUCUAGCGAACACACAGGGUAAAAAGGCCAAGCGUAAGGCUCGUGAACGUCAACUUAGCGAGGCGAGGCGUUGUGCAUCUCUGCAGAAACAUCGAGAGCUGCGGGCUGCUGGAAUUGCUGUGUCAACGCACAAAUUUGUGAGGCGAAAUGUUGUGGAUUAUAGUUCAGAGGUUCCAUUUGAAAAGCCGGUACCUGCAGGAUUUCACGAUCCAGGCAUUGAUCAAUUUACCGACGAGGAUAAGACAAAAUUGGCUAUUGAUGAUCAUCGCCGAAAAACUGGACGUGAAAUCGAAAAUGAAGCUCGACGUACCGACCGAGAUAAGCUGAAGAAACGAAAAGCUGAAGAGGAUGCUUCUGGGAAAGUGUUUGAGCAACGUGAAAAGAAGAGAAGCAAGUUGAUCCUACCGUCUCCUCAAAUCAGCGAAAAGGAACUGGAAGAAAUCGUGAAGAUAGGACACGCGACAGAAGCAAUCAGCCAAUAUGCGGACGAGGCGCCAACAUCGGGUCUUUUGACUGACUAUGUGGCUUCGGCGCGCGCUAAUGCGGCCAAUGCGAGAACUCUGCGGACACCAGCUAAUCAUCGAGACACUAUUGAGAAGGAAGUGCACAAUCUUCUGGCACUUCAAAAUACGGAAUCAUCGUUGAAAGGAGGAAUCAACACGCCACUUUACGAAAGUAGCUUGGGUACGGGCGUCACGCCGGUUCGACAGUCAAUGGAAACGCCAAAUACCGUCCUUCAAUCACUUGCCGCCACACCGGGAACACAAACGUUUGGUCGGACACCGGGCGCAACUCCAGUUGGAGCGACCCCAACUCCGUUCAGAGAUCAAAUGGGUAUUAAUCAACCGGGAAUGGAUGGUAUGGAACAGAAAGCCGAGCUGCGACGAGCCCUCUCAAGCUUGCCUCAUCCUAAAAACGAUUUCGAGAUUGUGGCACCCGAUGAAGAAGGCGAAGUAAAAGAAGAGGAGGAAUCGGAAGCCGAAUGGGUUGAGGAUGCCGAGGAUCGGAAGGAAUCUCGUGCCAAGGCUCGUGCAGAAGCUCGUUUGCGAGAAUUGCAGCAACGAACAAAAGUUAUCCAACGUAGCUUGCCUCAUCCGUCAAAGUACAAUGAUCAAGCUUUCAAGGAAUCUUUAACCAAAGGCGAUUUUAUUAAGGCGGAUAACCUGGUUAAAGCUGAAAUGGCUGAACUGGUGCGUUGGGAUGUAGAAGGAGUUAAGCCACAAGAAGGGUUUUCUCCAGAAGAACUGGCUCAAGCGGAGCAAAUGAUCAAAGACGAAUUGGACGCAGGUCCUCCACUUGAUGAAAAAAUGUGGGAUGCAAUUGAGCAAGUCUCUUCUGAGCUUGUCCCAUUCCGCGGAAAGCUAACUCGUCUUGGCGCUCUGAAGCGAGAGGAUCAAAUUGAAGCUCUAACGACACAGUUCAACACUGCACGAGAUUGGAUGACGGCGAAGGCAAAGAAAACAGGCAAAGUCGAGAAGCGGGUGAAAGUGAAGUUGGGCGGAUACAAUGCGAUUCACGCAAGUCUUGUGCAAAAGAUUCAAGAUCGACAAACGGAUAUUGAGUACACGUCGAUUGAGCUAAGCACUUUCAAGAGGUUAGCUGAGCAUGAAGAAAAGGCCAUUAAUAAACGUGUCGGUAAGAUUACCGACGAGGUCCGACGCCAAGAGGACCGUGAACGAGGGCUCCAGAAAACUUAUCAAGAGCUAUUACAAACCCAGCGCCUUCUUGAACAGUACAAGAUCCGUGAAAAUGCUACUACAACAGCCGCUCCCGUCAGCUAUAAAGAAGCGUCGCAAACAGUUGAA